AGUGAGAUAUUAAGUAUUAGCUAUAUCAUGAGUCACGGUGAUCGAUGUUGAGUACUGUUGCUGCGAAGUCACUUAUGUUGAUAACUUUUUUAAAUAAGUUUAUUGAAUAAUUUUAAGGUAGAAUACGUCGCUUCUUUUGCGAUUAUACAUUACAACCAAUAUUGUUAACUUGAAUUCGUCAGUUUUUGACAACUUUAAAAACAAUCAAAUAAUUGUUUUAAAAGCAACAACAAUGCUUAUCACAUUCAAAAAUUUGCAACAGCAAACGUUCAAACUCGAAAUCGACCCCGGAAAAACGGUUAGAGACUUGAAGGAAAAAUUACAAUCGGAAAAAGGUGGCGAGUAUUUGGCAGAAAAUCAAAAACUUAUUUAUGCAGGAAAAAUACUCAGUGAUGACUCUAAAAUAAGCGAUUGUCACAUUGAUUCAAAAAAAUUUGUUGUCGUUAUGGUAUCCAAAGCUGCUGGAACCACUACCAGUACUGAUAAGCCAUUGACAACUGCUCCAACGACAUCAACAUUGGAGAAACCAAAAGAGAGCACUCCGGCCAAAUCAGAAAGUAAACCUGAUGACCAACAAACCUCAUACGCCACAGCUCCACCUACUGCACCAGUAACGGAAUCAGCUUCAGGGGAUGAAUAUGAAAAAAUUGUUCAAAACAUCAUGGAUAUGGGUUAUGAAAGGACACAGGUUGAAGUUGCACUAAGAGCCAGUUUUAAUAACCCUGAUAGAGCUGUGGAGUACCUUAUUACUGGAAUUCCUGAAGACUUGCAAGCUGAUCCGGCUAUUAACCAGUCUAUGAGCAAUCUGCUUAAUGAAGAUACUGGCAGUUCGACUGGUAGUAGCCAGGGAAGUAUACCGACACCUCCAAAUGACCCAUUGGCAUUUCUGCGCAACCAGCCAACAUUCCAACAAAUGCGUACGGUUGUUCAACAAAAUCCUGAAUUAUUAAAUUCAGUAUUACAACAAAUUGGUCAAACUAAUCCAGCUCUAUUACAAAUGAUAUCAAAUAACCAAGAAGCGUUUGUGCGUAUGUUGAACGAACCGGCCGAAGGGGCGUCUGCCAGUUCUUCUGCCCCUGCAGCAGCUGCUAGAAGCCCAACAGGCGGUUAUGAAGUCGCAAUUUCCACACAAGAUAAAGAAGCCAUUGAUAGAUUAAAAGCCUUAGGCUUUCCAGAACAUCAAGUGGUGCAGGCAUAUUUUGCUUGUGAAAAAAAUGAAAACAUGGCCGCUAAUUUACUAUUGACUCAAGAACCCGAUGAUUAAUCACUUAAGACUCCAAGGCUGAAAGAAAUCUGCAUAUAUUGUAACAGCUAAAGAAAUAUGUUAACCUUAUUUCUAAUAAAUUGUUUUGAAAUAUUGCUUUAAGAAAGAAAAAUAUUUAUAAUAUUUUAGAGAUUGGAAAAGAUCUUUUCCUUUUGAAGUGUUUUUUAUUCUGUUUUCUCUCAAGACAGAAAUUAAAUUUAACUUUUCUUAUAAUUAUAAAUGUUUUUUUUUUCAUAUAUAAUCACAUAAAUUAUCAUAUAUGUUGGAAGAGUGUUUAAUAUUUACAAUCCAAUAUUAUAAAUAAAAUGAACAUGUUACAGAAUA